AUGGACAUGAGAAGAGAUAACCGAAAAGACAUGAGUUUUCGUGGAUCAACCCAAGCUCCGAUGAUGAGUAAGCAAGAAUACUUUCGGACAUUGUCGUCUCAGAACAGUCCGAGAAGGCUAAUCUCAGCGAGUUACUUCAGUUUAGAGUCAAUGGUUGUGCUUGUUGGUCUCACAGCAUCUCUCUUGAUCUUGCCGUUGAUACUUCCUCCAUUGCCUCCUCCUCCGUUUAUGCUGCUUCUGAUCCCAAUUGGGAUUAUGGUUUUGCUUAUGGUUCUUGCUUUAAUGCCUUCUUCUAAUGCCAAACAUGUAUCUUCUUCCUCUUACAUGUAA